AUGAAUAAAGAGCAGAUUCGUGCCUAUAUUAAACUGCGUACUGCACUUAACAUGCAGCCGAAAUCCAUCUUUGACAAAUUAUGUAGAGCUUUGAGGGACCAAGCUCCAUCUUACAAUACGGUUGUAAGAUGGUCAAAAUUAUGUCGUGAAGGUCGGGAAGAAGUUGAAGAUGAACCACGACCUGGUAGACCUGUAACCGAGACAACAUCCGACAAUAUUGAAAAAGUUCGUCACCUUAUUGAUAAUGAUCCUUAUCUUACUAUUGAUGAAAUACAAGUCGAAACUGGGCUGAGUCACGGUACCACCCAGCGAAUUGUUUCUGGCCAUCUCAAGCUGAAAAAAAUUACCGCUCGCUGGAUACCCAACCAGUUGACCGAUUCUCAACGAGCUAAACGUGUUCGAAUAUGUCAAGAAAAUUUAGCAAAAUUUAAUCAAGGAACCUGGCGGUUAUGUGACGUAGUGACAGGCAACGAGUCAUGGUUUUAUCACAAACAACUUGGGCGAAAGUCGUCCAAUGCUGCCUGA